AUUUUUGGUGCGACCGCGGUAGGGCGCAUUUGCGCAGUUGUGCGCUCGUGCGACCUCAUACAGUUCACAAGGAUCGCUGUGCCGCAGUGUGUGCCAAAUUUUACUGCGUGAUACGACACGGAGAGCUCCCAUCAGUGUGAGCAUCCAAUCCAGUGAUCAAUAGCAGCCGCAGGAGCCGCCGCAAAGUGAUCAAUAGGCCGCCGCAACGCCGGCCGACGCAGCGCACGAUAGAUAGAGAAGGAUGUUCGACUUCUACCGCAAAGUACCGGAAGACCUGAAGCAGGCGACGCAGACGGGCGGUCUCAUGAGCAUCCUCUGGCUCGUUAUGUUAGGAUGGAUCGUGCUCGCGGAGACGGGACGCUUGACAAGUGAAUACAGAAGUAGAAUCGACGUGGACACGUCACAAGACCAGCUGCGCAUCGACUUCAACAUCUCGUUUCCCCAUUUGCACUGCGAUAGAGCGUCUGUUGAUUUAUGGGACAAGAUCGGAAGGAACCAGGCGGACAUAACACGCACGGUCGAAAAGUGGCAACUCGACGAGCAUGGUCAUCAAAGAGCCUACAAAGGGAGGGAUCGCGUCAAACCCGACAUACAACAUGACGACCACCAUUCGCUGGACCAAUUGCACGAAAAUGGGAUCCACGUCGACCACAUCGAGGGCGGCCGCGACGCCUGGGACGCGCAUCUCGCCACGAAGGAGUACGCCUUCGUCCAGUUCUGGGCGCCGUGGUGCCCCUUCUGCCGCCAAUUGGCGCCCGCGUGGGAGGCGCUCGCCGAGGACACGGAGCAUAAGAACGAGCCCGUGUCUAUUGCUUGCGUCGACUGCACGCUUGAGCCCCAGCUCUGCCACGACGAGGAGGUGCACGCCUUCCCGACGCUGCGGCUGUACCGUCACGGCCGGCCGGUGCACGAGGGGACGUACCGCGGGGAUAGGACGGUGGUAGCCAUGGGAGAAUUUUUGGCGUCGAAGCUCGAACUCCAGGCGGUGUACGAGCAUUACCCGCAGGUACGUACUGUCCUUGUGUCACCUCAUACCUUACUCGCGUCCCCGCGCAGAAGCAGGAGACGCGGAGAGACCACUGGGAUGAUGAUGAUCCUGGGUGUAGAAUAGCGGGCCACGUCCUCGUGAAUCGCGUGCCCGGGAAUUUCCACAUCACGGCGCACCAGUCUCACGAGUCGCAAAACGCGAAACGAACAAAUAUCUCCCAUAUCGUCCACCGCCUGACGUUCGGCGAGCCGCUCAACCGAUGGCAGCGGCGCAAGCUCGGGUACCUCGCGGACCAGCACGCGAGGGUUGCGCCCAAACCGGACGCGGCUUUCAAAGGAGCGCACCACCGGGGGGUGCAUCAUCAUCUUCAUGUUGUGCCGACCAGGUACGACGUCACACGCCGACCAUUCGCAGCGUUCCAGACGUUACACCACGUCCAUUCGGUCAUUUAUCCGCUGGACACGGCGCCCGAGGCGCGGUUUGCCUACGAUAUAUCACCGAUGGCCGUCGUUGUCGAGCGGCGGCCGCACCGGUGGUACUCGCUGGUGACGUCGCUGCUGGCGCUCGUCGGCGGCAGCUUUGCGUUUUUUCGGAUGGCGUCCCAGGCGGGCGCAUACGCUCCAGCCCGGGGGAGGGGCGCUUUGUAAAUGUAUAUGUGUGUCUACUACGUUCAAACAGAAUGA